GCUCCACCCCUGGGCCUCAAGACUCCCGCCCCCACUCCGGACCCAUCUUCGUGUACACUGGCCGCCCCCGCUGCGCUUUGCCCUUCUGUACUUCUUGCACACUAUCUUGCACACUUGCUAUCUGCUCGGACUCUGACUACUGGAUGGCGACCCCUGCGCACCGGAGGCGGCGUGCUGCGCGCGCCGCACUCGACACAGAUCUCCUCGACGCGUCCGCUCGCGCGGACCUGGAUGCCGUCCGAACCGCUCUCGCACACGGCGCAGACCCGAACGCGUCCGACGAGGCGACGGGACACACCGCCGUGACGUGCGCGAUCGCGGGAGAUAGCUGGGAGGACGUGGACGUGUCGGACGCGUCGUUCGCGCUGCAGAGCAGGGUCGAGGUGCUGAGGACGCUGAUCGGUAACGAUACCAUGUCAUUGUACGCGCUGAACGCGCCUGCGCGGGGCGUCACACCUCUUGCGCUCGCCGCCUGGCUCAAUAUCCCGGAGGCCAUCCGUGUCUUGCUUGAGGAAAGCCGUGGGCUGGUUGCCGUAAAUGGCACCGACGCGUUGGGUGUAACGCCGCUGAUGUACACCGCGCGUGACGGAGCCGUUGAGGCCGCUUCGCUUUUGCUUUCGAAGGGCGCACGGCCCGAUCUAAGGGAUACACAUCAUCGUACCGCUAUUCAGCAUGCUCUAAAACACCCACACAUGCUCUGUCUCUGUGAGUCAGCACUUCGCAAGCAGAGAGCACGAGAGUUCUUGAAUGGCAACCGUCGUCGUUUAUGUGACAUCCCCGCGCCUUACGUGGUGCAGGUAGAGUCGUGGACGACGGCUCUGCUCAAAUCGAAAGCCUCGUUUCCUCCUUCAGACAUGACCCCGUCAAAGGCCACUGCCACUCUCAUCCGCGCCGUUCAUACCGGCGACGUCCUCAGCCUCUAUCAGCAUCUGUUCCAUAGCCAACACCGGUCGUCUAUUCUUGUAAAUAGGCUCGAUUCCCAUGGCUGGAGCCCGCUGCACUAUGCCGUCUGCACUGACAACCUUUCCAUCGAAAUCCUCGACGCUCUUUUCCUGGCUGGUGCCGACACCAGUCUGUACACUGCGUCUCAUCACGGGACCCCUCUGCACUGCUUAGCCCGGAAAGCUCUAGAUCCUGUCGGCGACAUGCAAGUCUCCCACCUACACGCGUUCGUGAAACACCUCGUCUCCGACCUCCGUGCACCGCUGUCUGCUCAGGACGACAACGGCGAUACCUGUAUACACGUGGCCGCGGAACACGGCCAGAGCCUCGAAGUCCUACUCGCGCUUCUCUCAUGCGACUCCCGCGGUGUUAUCCGGGAAAUCAAGAACUCCAAAGGUCUCACUGCCUUGGAGGUCGCCCGACCAGAACUUCGCAUUGCGUUCGGGGCGGAGGCCGAGCCGAAGCGUUCAAAUUCGGUGGCAUCGUUCCGCACCGUACGGCCGUCCACGAGCUCAGUGAGCUCAACAUCCUCCUACGGGAGCCUCCUUGCCGUACCCGCACUCCCACGACCACCCCUCGACGCUGUAUUCCGUCCCGAGAGCCCACUUGCCGCCAUCGAUCCUUCGAUGCUACCCCACCACAUCCUCGACAACCUCGCGCUGGUCGGGCACGACUACGCCGAUUCGGACGUGCACGAGCUUGACGACAUGCGCGUGCUCCUCGACGAGUCCAUUCACCUUGGAGAGCUCUGGAUCCGCAGUAUGCAGGCCCGCAUCCGCGACGCCGCACAAGAGUUGCGCGAUGCGCGCGGCCGGUUCGGCCAGGCGGACGUACUGCUCGAGGACGUCACUCGCGAGCUCGAAGGUACCUUCGGGGCGCACUUCGCCGAGCGGCGUGAUAGCCUGGAAUUCUCGCGGAGACGGACAACGGACUCGGGCGACUCCGACUCGACCGCGGUAUCCGGCCGGCCGUCUGUGCAGAUCGGCAGGAAAUGGCGGUCGAUGUCGGACCUCCGGUCAUCGUCGGACAGCAUCAGACGGGAGCGUACCAGCCCACCGCCGGUGCCGUAUUUGCACACGAAACCGAUCGCUGAGGAGGACGAGCCCCCCGCCUCGCCUGAGAAGGCGUCGGUUCUGCAUGCACUGUUCUCACCGUCGACGAAGGACCUCGUCCACAAAUCGAGCAAGGGCGACCUCUCGCACCCGCCGAGUCGCACGUCUUCCCCGUUCCCGAGCAAGAAGGAAUCCUCUUCGAGUGGGACCAAGAAGUUGAAGGCGUGGUUCCGCAAGAAGCUACGGUUCGAGAUCCCCGAUAAUCUUGGAGAUAUGAAGAACUCUUCGCAGCUGGAGACGCCCCGCGCGUCGAAAGCGGGGUCACAGUCACCGUCGGUCGCAAAUGAGGAGCUUCUCUUUACCGCGCGGAGUCUCAUCAAGACGGCGGGCCGGGACCUGUCCAGCAUCGAGGGAUGCAUGGAUAACGCGGACCACUAUCUGUCGCUGGCCUCGCAUAUGCUGCUUCAGACAGAACGGCGUCUGAAAAUGAUCGUUCUGAAUCGCAAAGCAGCCCUAGAAAGCGCCCAUCUUGCACAAAUGCAGGACAACCCGGACGAUCCGUUCAUGUCCGCCAUCGCUUCUACCCUCCGCUCCGCGGGGCACGACGCGGACCCCUUCCCCCUCGGCCGUAUACGCAGCGGGAGCGGGAGCGGCUCGGAGUACUCGCUAGGCUCCAUAUCGCCCGGCUCCUCCGUGCUCUCCUUCUCCUCGACGCUCAUCGAGUCCGAGGACGACGACACGCGCGUGCUCCGCCGACUCAUCACCCGCAAAGUCGAGGCGCGCGCAGACGGCGCGUUCGAGGAGAUCGACAAGGCGCUGAUGUGGCUCCGGAUCGUGCAGGACACGCUCCGCAGCCUGCGCCGACGGACUCGCGCGUACACGACCUUUUACGACGCCUCCCCAUGAUGACUCACGAACUAUCCGCGCGCAUUUGAUCCGCCCCGGCCCCCAACAAUGACACUGUACGUACACCGCUACCCCUGCUGUUGGAUAUCCCUGCUCUGUUGUAUGUCGCGUGUACGCUCGCGAAGUCUCUGUGAAUACUGUACGAAUAUGCACAUGUCUAGCGCCUCCUGUCCAAUUUUGUAGUUAGCUAUCUAUGCUGUAUAUAUGUUACGUAGUACGCUGUACAUAGCUGUCCGUGUCCCCCAACUGCAUUUUGUAUACCUACAUACACGAUGACCUCCAUCCUAUCCGAAUAUCCAUCGC